GAAUGUAACCCGAGAUAAGUAAAUAUAAAACAGCUUUUAAAUCAAUGUUCUUUCAAGCCCAAGCAAUGCUGAAGACCAUAUAAGAGAAUAUAACAGAAACUAUCAAUUAAAUAUACGAUUGGAUUGAAAAGGAAGAUGCUGAAAAGUAGACAUCAAUGAUGGAGAUGGAGAAAAUUUAAAAUUGGUUGGAUUAAGAAAGUAAGCCAUAUCUUAAAAAGAUAAAUAAAUAAAUAAAUAAGAUGAAGUCUUUAUUUAAGUAAAAAGUUUGAAUCAUAAUUUAGAAAUCCAAACCAAGAAUUUGCCACAUUGAAAGGUCAUACUCAUUCUGUCUACUCAGUAUCCUUCUCACCAGAUGGAACUAUUUUAGCUUCAUGUAGUAGUGAUAACUCAAUCCGUUUAUGGGAUAUUAAGACACGAUAGUAAAACAACAAAUUGGAUGGUUAUUAUAAAUGUGUCAACUCAAUAUGCUUCUCACCAGAUGGAACUUAUUUAGCUUCAGGGAGUGAUGAUAAGUCAAUCAGUUUAUGGGAUGUUAAGACAGGAUAAUAAAAAACCAAAUUAAAAGGUCAUAGUAAUUGGGUCAACUCAGUAUGCUUCUCAUAAGAUGGAAGCACUUUAGCAUCUGGUAGUGAUGAUAAGUUUAUUCGUUUAUGGGAUGUUAAGACAGGAUAAUAAAAAGCCAAAUUGGAAGGUCAUAGUGAUUAUGUUCGAUCUGUAUGCUUCUAACCAAAUGGAAUUAAUUUAGCAUCUGGCAGUAGUGAUAAGUCUAUCCGAUUGUGGGAUAUUAGGACACAUUCAUAAACAGCCAAAUUAGAAGGUCAUAGUAAUUGGGUCAACUCAGUAUGCUUCUCAUUAGAUGGAAGCACUUUAGCAUCUGGUAGUGAUGAUAAGGUUAUUCGUUUAUGGGAUGUUAAGACAGGAUAAUAAAAAGCCAAAUUGGAAGGUCAUAGUGAUUAUGUUCGAUCUGUAUGCUUCUCACCAGAUGGAGCUAAUUUAGCCUCUGGUAGUAGUGAUAAGUCGAUCAGAUUAUGGAAUGUUAAGACUGAAUAAUAAAAAGCCAAACUGGAUGGUCAUCAUAAAUGUGUCAACUCAGUAUGCUUCUCGCCAGAUGGAACUACUUUAGUAUCUAGUAGUGGUGAUUGUUCAAUCCGAUUAUGGAGUACGAUUAUUAGUGAAUGA